GGUACGUUGACACUGGAAUACUUCUACCAUGCAUAGUGGACUUCUCAUUCUUCGAGCUUCAACCACUUACUCUAAAGAUUAAAUUUUUUGACAAUUAUUUUCUGUAUCUACUUGAACUACAACUCAGUUUUGACGUUUUCAAUGCAUUUGGAUUCGUGAACUUUCACUUCUUCCAGGAACACUCUCAGGUUUUCUCAACCUUUUUGUCCAUUUUCAACUCUUGUUUAAGUCUUGGACUUUUUUAUUUUUAUUUUAAUGCUUUGAUUUGAAAGAUUAGUUGAAUUUGUUGAAUGCUGAAAAUCUGAUCUGGGAUUUUGAUAUAAUGAUUGGAGAAGUGGAAGGGUUGGGAUUUUUCUUUAAACAAAUUGUUGAAGGAGCUUAAUUUGGAUCUUUAAGAGUGAUUAAAGAAUUGGUUUGACUUUACUUUUAUCUAUAUAACAAUUUUUUUAUUUUAAUAGUGUAUCUGAAGAGGACUUUUGUUUCAAAAGAAAUAUUUUGUUUAAGUAAAUUUGUAACUGUAAAAUUAGUUAUUGGGAUUGUCUUAUUGUGGGGGCUUUUGUUCUGGCUUCUUUGUCUUGAAACUUGCUUGGCUUCAUGUAUAUGUUUCUGGGUUCAUUGAACAGUUCACAUACAAGAAAAAAAAAAUUUGGGGGUGAAAAGUACCAAUAAUGGCUAUAUGCAUGAUUUUGAUUAUGGGGCUAUUCUGAAAAUUAAAUUCUUUGUUUCAAUCAUGCCUUUGUUUGAGCUUUAUCGCAUAAGUAAACAGAAGCUUGAUUCAUCAAAGCAGGACAAGAACCCUACAUCAACCGAUUUGUCUUAUGAAUUAAAUGCAGACCUGAGAAUGACAUUCUUGAACUAGUAUGGGAGAAUGGCCAGAUUUUAAUGCAGGGUCAGUCUAGUAGGAACAGAAAGAGCCCUAUAUCAAAUAGCUUACCAUCUCACACAGCCAAGACUAGAGACAAAGAUAUAGGAAAUGGGAGCAAUACCAAGUUUGAAAAGUUUGGGACAAUGGACUCAGUGUUGAAUGAGAUUCCGAUGUUGGUGCCAUCUGGUGAAAUUAGUUUGAAUCAAGAUGAUGACAUGGUUCCUUGGUUGAAUUAUCCUAUUGAUGAAUCUUUACAACAUGAAUACUGUUCAGAUUUCUUGCCUGAGUUGUCUGGAGUCACUGGAAAUGAUCUCUCCGCCCAGAAUAAUUUCACUUCGAUUGAUAAGAAAAGUAGCACCACUCAGUUUGAUAGAGACUUCAAUACCGAUUCAGUACAUAAUGAUGCAAGUUUAGAGCAUGGAAAUGUGUCAAAGAUUUCUUCAGUAGGAGAUGGUGAGGCUACGAGACCAAAGACUAGUACUAGUCAGUCAUACCAGUCGUCAUCCCAGCAAUGCCAAACCUCAUUUCCAUAUCCCAGAUCAAGAGUUCCUGAUAAUAUUGGUAAUAGUAUGAAUAAUUCGACCCACAGUUCUGUUUUUGGUGAUUCUGCCCCUAGUUCAGCUGGCAGUUUUCCAGAUAUAAAGAUGCAGAGGCAAGAUCCAAGGAUGCCUUCCAAUAGCACCGGUUUGAUGAACUUUUCUCAUUUCCAACGACCUUCUGCUUUUUUUAAAUCUAAUCUUCAGAGUAUUGGUUUGCCUCAUGCUUCUGGUUUAUCAAGGAUAGAAACGAUGGGUAGUAAGGAUAAGGCGCCCGCUGCAAGUGGUACUAUAGAAUCGACAGUCAAUGAUUUGAGUAGUGGUUUAAGAAAAGGAGCAAGUUCCAUUUGCCACCCUGUGGUUGCAUGUCCUAAAACUGAUGUAAAACCAUCUGAAGCUAAGCCACCUGAGGAACCAGUUGUUGCUGAAUCUUGUGAGGUAGACCAAGAAGAGGCAUCAAAGAAUGAUAAUAACCAUAAUCAAGUUCUUGCCGAAAGUGCAACUAAAGGACUGUUGGACAGUGAGAAGACUACAGAGCCUGUAGUUGCUGCUGCUUCUCUGUGUUCAGGGAGCAGUGUAGAGAGAGCUUCAGAUGAUCCAACACAUAAUUUGAAAAGAAAACAUUGUGACACUGAGGAUCCUGAAUGUCCUAAUGAGGAUAUUGAAGAAGAAUCAGUGGGUGUAAAGAAAACAGUCUCCACUCGAGUGGGUACUGGCUCUAAGAGAAGCCGAGCUGCAGAAGUUCAUAAUUUAUCCGAAAGGAGGCGAAGGGAUAGGAUUAAUGAAAAGAUGCGUGCUUUACAAGAGCUUAUACCAAACUGUAAUAAGGUGGACAAAGCUUCAAUGCUUGAUGAGGCCAUUGAGUAUCUGAAAUCACUUCAACUCCAAGUUCAAAUUAUGUCAGUGGGAGCUGGUUUGUAUAUGCCACCAAUGGCGUUUCCAUCAGCAGCGCAACAAAUGCAUGCAGCUCAUAUGGCUCAUUACUUACAGAUGGGUAUUGCAAUGGGAAUGAGUGCUGGUUAUGGAAUUGGUAUGCCCAAUAUGAAUGGUGGAUCUUCUGGUUAUCCUAUGGUUCAGGUGCCUCCAUUGCAUGGAGCACAUUUUCCAGGCCUGCCAGUGCCAGGACCCACUGCUUUACAUGGGAUGGCAGGAUCUAACUUCCAGCUGUUUGGGCUUCAUGGUCAAGGACAUCCCGUCUCAAUGUCACAUGCACCCUUUCCUUUAUCAGGAGGGCCUAUUAUGAAGUCAGCCAUGGGACUGAAUGCCUGUGGCACAGUAGGUCCUCUGGAUAAUUUGGAUUCAGCUAGAGGUUCAACCUCAAAGGAUCUGAUCGAGAACAACAGUUCUCAAGUAAUGCAGUAUGUCAUUACUGAUAGUUCAAUGAAUCAAACAUUGCAAAAUAGCACUACCAGUAGUUCAAUGAAUAAGACAUUGCAAAACACCACCACCAAUAGUUCAAUGAAUCAGAUAUCUAAUCAGUGUCAAGCAACAAAUGGAAGAUUAGGACAGCGUACUGUGGUGCAAGAUAAUAGUCAAACCUCAGAAGGUACUGGCCAUGGGGCUUUAGGUUCUCCAAACAAAAAUGAUAAUGUACCUAAUAGAGCAGCCUGUUUUGAAUGACAGCUAGUUCUGAAAAUUUUGAUUAAAUGAGAGAAAUCCGAUUUAGCUGGUAUCUCAACAAUAACCAUUUGAACUCUAAUUACAGGACAGAACAACAACAAUUUGCACAGAUUUUGGUAUGUUGAGGAUCCUCAAAAUGCUCUCCUUUGCAUGUACAUUCAUUUGUUUACAUGACACAUGAAAUAAUGCGAUGUCAAAGAGUAGAAUAUGUACCUCAACAGCAUUUAUUGGAAUGUUUUUUCUUUGUAGAUAUUGAGUAACAUUCUUUGAAUUGUUAAGUCAUAGUAAUUUUCCAGU